AUGGCUGAGCUGCAGAUAGGGAAAGUGGUGCCAAGGGGGCAAAUCCUUGCCCUUCUACUCCUUGGCUUGGCCUGUCUUGGGCUGCCUGUGGGGGCUAAAAGGGGGCCCAAGCUACCCCCCUGCCCCCGGAGCUGCUCCUGCACCCGCGACACCGCCUUCUGUGUGGACUCCAAGGCAGUGCCUCGCAAUCUGCCCCCCGAGGUCAUUUCCCUGACCAUGGUGAACGCGGCUUUCACGGAGGUCCCCGAAGCAGCCUUUGCCCACAUCCCGCUCCUGCAGUUCCUCUUGCUGAACUCCAACAAGUUCACGCUGAUUGGGGACAAUGCUUUCACCGGCCUUUCGCACCUGCAGUACCUGUUCAUCGAGAACAACGACAUCCGCUCGCUGUCCAAGUUCACCUUCCGGGGGCUGAAGUCCCUGACACACCUAUCCUUGGCCAACAACAACCUGCAGACGCUGCCCAGAGACAUCUUCAAGCCCCUGGACAUCCUCAGUGACCUGGACCUCCGGGGCAAUGCGUUCAUUUGCGACUGCAAGAUCAAGUGGCUGGUGGAGUGGAUGGAAAGCACCAACACCACUGUGCCUGCCAUCUUUUGCAGCAGCCCCGACCGCUUCCAGGGGCAAAAGAUCCGGGACCUGGCACUCAAGGACUUUGACUGCAUUACAACAGAUUUCGUAGUGCAUCAGGUUCUGCCCUUCCAGUCAGUGUCUGCUGAGCCCUUCAUCUACUCCAGUGACCUCUACAUCACUCUGGCCCAGCCCAGCGCCAGCAGCUGUACUGUGCUCAAAUGGGACUAUGUGGAGCGCAAGCUACGGGACUUUGACCGGAUUCCUGCUCACUCGGCCGUGUACUGCAAGCCCAUUGUGGCUCAGUCACAGCUUUACGUGGUGGUGGCCCAGCUCUUCGGCGGCUCUUACAUCUACCGCUGGGACACCAACGUGGAUAAGUUCAUCAAGAUCCAGGACAUCGACAGCCAGACCAUCCGGAAGCCCAAUGACAUUGAGGCCUUCCAGAUUGAUGGUGACUGGUACUUUGUCAUCGCUGACAGCUCCAAGGCUGGCUCCACCAGCCUCUACCACUGGAACCAGAACGGCUUCUACUCCCACCAGGCCCUGCACCCCUGGCACCGGGACACAGAUGUGGAGUAUCUGGAGAAUGACGGCAAGCCACGGCUCAUCAUCUCCAGCAGCUCCCAGGCCCCCAUUAUUUACCAGUGGAACCGGUCCCAGAAGCAGUUUGUGCAGCAGGGGGAGGUGACGGAGGUGAUGGACGUGCAGAUGGUGAAGCAUUUCAAGGUCAAGGGGGACAACUACCUGUGCCUGAGCCGCUACAUCGGGGACUCCAAGGUGGUCAAGUGGGAGGGGCUGCGCUUCACAGAGGUGCAGACCCUGCCCUCGCGUGGCUCCAUGGUCAUGCAGCCGUUCAUGGUGUCCCAGCGCCAGUACAUGGCCCUGGGCAGUGACUUCUCCUUCACGCACAUCUACCUCUGGGACGAGGAGAAGCAAAAGUUUGUCAAGUUCCAGGAGCUCUCGGUGCAGGCGCCCCGGGCCUUCCGCUAUGUCCCCAUCGAGGAGAUUGACCUCCUGCUGGCCCCCAGCUUCAAGGGCAACACGCUGGUCUACAGGCACAUCGUGGUGGAUCUCAGCCUGUAGGAGGUGCCACCGUCGCCCACCCUCACCCAGACACUGUGCACGGAAAGUGGUUCUUCCACUUGGGACACCUUGCCCCGAGGGGGAGACUCAGGCUAAGGCUUCCUGCCUGUGCCCACUGCUGCCCCUGGAUAGACCUGCCCCUGGAUGUGGGUGUGCCCAAAACAUACACACUCCAGAAGGAGACACACAUCUGGGGAUCCCCAGCACACCUACACACCCCCUUCCAAAGGCAGGCUCACACCCUUGGGCACGUACACACUCAGCACACCCCCCAACUGAGCACUCAUACCCAACAAACACAUGCGUGUGCCCCCACAUACGUGCGCAGUCUUCCCCCCCAAACAAGUGUGCCUCCAUGCACGUGUGUGUGCCAUUGUCUAUGCAGCCAGAAGACACACACAUGCUCAACCCCUGUCCCUCAUCCCCCAUCACAGACAACCUCACAGCCACAGCAUCCCCAUCCCCAGCUCACACAAACACACACACACUUGUGCCCAUGCUCAAGUGUCUGUCCAUUCCCAUGUCUCUCUGUGCACAGGCACCCCAUAUCCUGGGUAUGCCCAUUCCUACGCACACCCAUACCCACUGCUGCACUUGCCCACACCCAUCUGUACCCCACUAUGCACAGUAUUACACAUGGGCUUGUGUACAGACUGUGAGCAAUGCACAGGCCAUAUUGUCCUUCCACAGGCACAUGUCCAUAGGGGACAUCCCUAUAGACUGCAGACCCUGCUAUCCCCUUCUGCACACAACCAUGUGGCCCUGGUGCUCAGGCUGGGAAGAAGCACCCAACUCUGCAGCUUCUGCUACCCUGGACACAGGUCUCACUCACGCUCAGGAUGCAGAGAUGGAGGUCCAAGCACUGUGCCACGGCUGCUGCCUAUGUCUGCUUGGACCAGUUCGAGGAGUGGUGCAGUGGGAGUGCUCACCCGACCUGUUCCUGCUUGCUGAGUGAGGGCCCCCCAGGCCUUCUCAAAUGCAGUGGAAGUCAAGUUACCCUCUGCAAUCUCCCCACGUGCCUCAGUCGCCCCUUCCUUGCAAUGGGUACAGUAGGGCUCCCUGUCCUCCCUGCUCUGCUGUAAGUACCAAUAAUUACACAUCCUCCCUUUGAAGCACUGGCUCCUGAUUUGUCCCUGCAC